AUGGCAACUAAUCGUGUCUCCAAUAAUAAUGCUCUUCAACAAAGAGAUAAAAUUAUGAGGCGUCCUAAGGCAUGUAUAAAUUGUCGAAAAUCCAAAGUCAAGUGUUUGAAGGAUGACAAUGAUGAGGCUUGCAAAAGAUGCAAAGCACACGGUCUACAGUGUCUUUAUGAAAUCAAAGUUGCAAGCUAUAAAGUUGCAGGAGGCGAAUCACCUUCAAAAUCAUCAACAAAUGUUCCCAUUGAGAAGAUUCUGAAUCCAAUAUCAUCUAACGUCUCCUCAAAGAAAUAUGAAACCUCUUUAAUUGAUAACAAAAAUCCAUCUCUAGAUAAGGAUCUAGACCAACAGAAAGUUUUGAAUAAAUGGGAGAACUCGGUUGAAAACAGACUAAUGGGAUUUGGGUCACAGCUAACUACAAUCAUCAGUUUGUUGCAAACACAAACCCCAAAUAUAUCUCCAAUACAGACUCCAAGGCAUGAGUUAGAAGUCGAGCUCCCUAUACCUAAAAGGCAAAGGAUAGAACCUUCAUUGUCUUCUAUAUCUGCGUCUUCUUCACCAACCUCAAACAAAUGUGAAUCACGUUCAAAUUCAACCGGUAACAGCAAUGCUAACCGGGACCGGAACUCGGGUGCAGUUACUCUAACUACCGAUCCAGUAGUUCGGUUGAAUAGUAUUCUGAGUAAAGGAGACGCAGCAGAGUUAUUUGAAUUUUUCAACAAAAAUAUAUCACCCCAACUAUUUGGCUUUGAUAUCUCAAAAUAUCCAAUUGACUCGAUUUGGAAGACAUGCCCUUUAUUAAUAGCUACAAUAACAUGCAUUGCAUCAAUUCACCAUCCAAAUUUGCGGAAUUUAUCUAGUGAUCUUGAAAGCAUAGUGUAUGAUUUAUCAAAGUCAAUUUUGUUCAGAUUGCCGACCAAUGAAAUCGAAGCUUUCAAUACAAUUAUGGCAUUGUGCUUUUGCGGAUUUUGGUUUAAUGACAAUCAAAUGUUUACAGGUAUUGCAUUACAAUUGUCUAAAACAAUGAGCUUAAUUCAUCCGAAUUCAAAGUCCUGUAAAAUUAUACCAAGAAAAGAUCGACUAAAACUGUGGUAUUUGUUGUAUAUUUUGGAUGGUCAGCAAAGCUUAGUGUUUAAUAGGGAACCAAUCAUCGAUUCGAGGGAUCCAACAUUUAAAAAAAGUAGAGAUUUACUGGUGAAUGCCGAAAAUGAAGAUUUGAAGGAUACUAAACCAGAUGUGAAAACUGAGAAAUCAGUCAUCAAUCUCAACACAAAUUAUGCAGAUAUUAGGUUGAUAUCACAAGUUGAAUAUCAUCAGGCUAUCAAUGCUGUAUUUGAAGGUAAUGCUUGGGACUUGUUGACACCAUCUUCAUUUGGAUUGCCUUUCAAAACGAACUUAGAGUUGGACAAAUGGAUGGUUCAAUGGACUGUGUUAUUGAGUCCUUUUAAGAACAACCCAAUUUGGUCUUCUAAAUCAACAUUGAUUUAUUACAAUUUUGCUAAGAUUCAUAUCAAUUCACAAGCAGUCAGAAAAUUUCAAGCAAACGGUGUUGAUUUACCCAAAUUUGAUGAAAUUGAUGAUGAUUUUUUUGAUUCGAAUAUUAACAAUAAUUCAAAUGGUAAUAAAAGCCUGAAAAUUCAGGAAUUGUUAGACGACUCUAAUACGGAUGACACGGAUGAUGAAGGAAUUGAUGACAUUGGUGAACUCAGCUUUGGGAAAGAGCUAUCACCUGUUGAAAGUAGAAAAGUCUCCGCUGAGUUAGCACUCUCCUCAGCUGAAACUGUACUCAACAUAGUGUUGAGUGAUUCUGAUAUUCUAAGCGUUUUGAGGUAUGUUCCAAUUCAUAUCCAUAUUAUGCUUUAUUAUGCGGCCUUAUUGAUACUAAAACCUCAUGCUUGCUUACAUUCAAGUGGUCAAAAUUACGACAAAUACAAGGAUGAAAAUGAAAGAUUUGAAGCUUCAUUAAAUGCAAUUAAAUUGGUGAAAAGAUUAAGGCAUUCGAUAUUCAUCAACCCACCAACUGAUCGAGAUUUUUCCAAUAAAAUCAUUGAAGGUUUAACGAACAUUUUGCAAGAUAAGGUACGGCAGAUGAGGAAAGAAAUAGACUCGAGCAAUUAUAAUUCAAAUGUUAAGGAGGAGCAUUUACAGCAGUUAGACCAAGUAGUGCUAGAUAACGAUGCCCGUGAAUUAUACCAUUCACAACGUAAACGUGGACAAGAUUUUAAAAUUGCGGCAUGGCCGGGUUUUGACCCUGGACAUCCAACUAAAACAUUGGAAAAAGCCCUCAAAAAUGGGAACAGCAAUAAUCCACUAAAUUCUGAUGUUAAGCAGCCUUUUUCUAAGUAG